AAAAGCAGGAAGUGCCUACGGAGGCCGGCAGGGAAGCCGCCUGGCAUGAAGCCGGGCGGCUACUGGAGCGCGGGCGGUGGCGACGGCGAUGAGCGACAUAGUGGAGAAGACGCUGACGGCGUUGCCGGGGCUUUUUCUGCAGAACCAGCCCGGUGGGGGGCCCGCGGCCGCCAAGGCUUCCUUCUCCUCGCGGCUGGGCGGCCUGGUCCGAGGCAUCACCGCGCUCACCUCCAAGCACGAAGAAGAGAAAUUAAUCCAGCAGGAACUGAGUAAUCUAAAAGCAACUGUUUCUGCUCCUACUACAACACUGAAAAUGAUGAAGGAAUGUAUGGUGAGACUUAUAUAUUGUGAAAUGCUUGGAUAUGAUGCUUCCUUUGGCUACAUACAUGCAAUCAAGUUGGCCCAACAAGGAAACCUCUUGGAAAAAAGAGUAGGUUAUUUGGCUGUUUCUUUAUUUCUACAUGAAAGUCAUGAAUUGUUGCUUCUCCUUGUGAAUACAGUUGUAAAGGACUUGCACAGCACUAACCUAGUAGAAGUAUGUAUGGCGCUUACUGUCGUCAGCCAGAUUUUCCCUCGAGAAAUGAUUCCAGCUGUUCUUCCAUUAAUAGAAGAUAAACUUCAACAUUCUAAGGAGAUCGUACGAAGAAAAGCUGUUCUGGCAUUGUACAAGUUCUAUCUCAUUGCUCCUAAUCAAGUACAGCAUAUCCAUAUUAAGUUUCGGAGAGCACUUUGUGACAGAGAUGUUGGGGUCAUGGCUGCUUCCUUGCACAUAUACCUUAGGAUGAUUAAGGAGAAUUCAUCUGGAUAUAAAGACUUGACUGGCAGUUUUGUAACUAUUUUGAAGCAAGUAGUUGGAGGAAAGCUUCCAUUAGAUUUCAAUUAUCACAGUGUGCCAGCCCCAUGGUUACAGAUUCAGCUCUUGAGAAUACUAGGACUUCUAGGAAAAGAUGAUCAAAGGACAAGUGAAUUAAUGUAUGAUGUUCUUGAUGAAUCCUUACGAAGAGCCGAGUUAAGUCACAAUGUCACAUAUGCUAUUUUGUUUGAAUGUGUGCACACAAUCUAUUCUAUUUAUCCUAAAUCAGAAUUACUUGAGAAGGCUGCGAAGUGCAUUGGAAAAUUUGUUCUGUCACCUAAAAUAAAUCUCAAAUAUUUAGGACUGAAGGCUCUUACCUAUGUUAUUCAACAAGAUCCUACUCUGGCUCUUCAACAUCAGAUGACAAUAAUUGAAUGUUUAGAUCAUCCUGAUCCUAUUAUUAAAAGAGAGACUCUGGAACUUCUUUACAGAAUUACUAAUGCACAGAACAUAACAGUUAUUGUCCAGAAAAUGCUUGAAUAUUUACAUCAGACCAAAGAAGAAUAUAUCAUCGUCAAUUUGGUUGGUAAAAUAGCUGAGUUGGCUGAGAAAUAUGCUCCUGAUAAUGCGUGGUUUAUUCAGACAAUGAAUGCUGUGUUUUCAGUGGGAGGAGAUGUAAUGCAUCCUGAUAUUCCCAGUAACUUUCUGAGACUGCUAGCAGAAGGUUUUGAUGAUGAAACAGAAAAUCAACAAUUAAGACUCUAUGCAGUUCAGUCUUACCUCACUUUACUGGAUGUGGAAAAUGUGUUCUAUCCACAGAGAUUUCUUCAAGUUAUGAGUUGGGUGUUAGGGGAGUAUUCCUACCUCUUAGAUAAGGAAACCCCAGAGGAAGUUAUAACCAAGCUCUACAAGUUACUUGUGAAUGACUCCAUUUCUUCAGAAACGAAAGCCUGGUUAAUUGCUGCUAUGACCAAGCUGACACCCCAAGCACACUCUUCUAAUAUAGUGGAGAGGGUAAUCCAGGAAUUUACCAUAUCUUUGGAUACUUGUAUGAGACAGCAUGCAUUUGAAUUAAAACAUUUGCAUGAAAAUAUGGAAUUUACGAAGAACUUGCUUCCAGUUGAUAGGAGUUGUGAAGACAUGGUGGUGGAUGCUUCCUUAUCUUUUCUGGAUGGUUUUGUGGCUGAAGGACUCAGUCAAGGGGCAGCACCUUACAAACCCCACCACCAACGCCAGGAGGAAAAGCUUUCUCAGGAAAAAGUUCUCAAUUUUGAACCAUAUGGACUUUCCUUUUCUUCAUCUGGCUUCACGGGAAGACAGUCUCCUGCUGCCAUUUCUCUUGGUUCGGAUAUAUCUGGGAAUAGUGCUGAAACAGGGCUGAAAGAGACCAAUAGCUUGAAGAUGGAAGGUAUAAAGAAAUUAUGGGGAAAAGAGGGCUAUCUUCCCAAGAAAGAAAGCAAAACUGGUGAUGAAAGUGAAACUCCACCUAUUCCUCAAGAGAGUAUAAUAAUGGAGAAUGUAGAUCAAGCUAUAACAAAAAAGGAUCAAGCUCAAGUCCUUACCCAAUCUAAAGAGGAGAAAGAAAAGCAGCUGCUGGCAUCAUCACUGUUUGUUGGGCUAGGAUCAGACAAUACAAUCAGUUUGCUGGGAAAAGCAGAUACUGCUUCUCACAAGUUCAGAAAGAAAUCGAAAGUCAAGGAAACCAAAAGUGGAGAAACAACCAGUAUUCAUAAUAUAUCCUGCUCUUCCUUUAGUUCUUUGUCAAAUGUGGCAAAUGAAGGACAUUAUUAUUUGAACACUUUACAGGAUAGAGGAGAUAAAGAAAUAAAAACAGUUUCUCUCAAUUCAGAACUUUUGGAUUCUGAAUCACUCACCGAACUACCCUUGGCUGAGAAACUCUCAAAUUGUAGCCUGUCAAUGCCUUCCUUGUUUGAUGAUAACAACAUGGAAAUUUUUCACCCUCCUCAGUCUACUGCAGCCUCAGUUGCCAAGGAAGUCUCUUUAGCUUCUUCUUUGUUGGAAGAAACUACUGAAUACAUGCAUUCAAAUCUUACAGAAGUCUGUAAUAAUGAAACUGUAUCAGUGUCUUCUUAUAAAAUAUGGAAAGAUGAUUGCUUAUUGGUGAUCUGGUCAGUCACUAAUAAGAGUGGCUUGGAAUUGAAAAGUGCUACCUUAGAAAUUUUUCCUACAGAAAAUUUCAAGAUCACUGAGCAACCUGGAUGCUGUUUACCUGUAAUGGAAGCAGAAAGCACCAAAAAGUUUCAAUAUAGUGUGCAGAUGGAAAAAUCUUUUACAGAAGAGAAUCUUUCUGGUUUUUUAAAUUAUCGUAUGAUAGAUAAUUCUAUUCAGCUGGAAUUUUCCAUAAACUUAUCACUAUUAGAUUUCAUUAGACCAUUAAAAAUCUCAACGGAAGACUUUGGCAAACUCUGGCUAUCCUUUGCAAAUGAUGUGAAGCAAAAUGUAAAAAUGUCAGAAUCUCAAGCUGCUCUGCCUUCUGCCCUACAGCCCCUGCAACAGAAACUAAGACUCCGUGUUAUUGACAUUAUAGGCAAUGAAGGGCUGUUGGCCUGUCAGCUGCUCCCAUCCAUCCCCUGCUUACUGCAUUGCCGAGUUCAUGCUGAUGUAUUGGCCUUGUGGUUCAGAUCCUCCUGCCCUACUCUUCCUGACUAUUUAUUAUAUCAGUGUCAAAAGGUGAUAGAGGGAUCCUAGCAGCAGCUCUGCCUAAUUUUACUCCAUUAAGAUCAAUGGUUUACAUAGAUAAACUUAUUUACCAAAGUAAAAAGAACUCAUGGU